GUAAGUUCCUGCUGUGGCUUCAGGGAAACAGAUCGACAUCCAGCCACAGGAGAAUCGCACUUUGCGGGUGCCACUGGUAUUUUGCUAACGGUAUCCAUGCCAGUUAGUACUGGAAGUUGCGUCCUGUCUGACAUGGUGCAUUCUGGUGCUGAAAAUGAAAAAUGUUCUGCCUGUGGAAGCUCCCCUCCCUGGGCGAUGACCUCACCAGUCUCAGUCUACUCUAACUCCAACACCUUGGACACACACAUCCCCAGUGCCUCCAGAGAGUCUCUGAAAAUGGAGUUGUUAGCUGAAGUGUCUCUGCUGCCAGGGGAGGAAAGAAUUAUAGAUAAAGACAUCAUCUACAUCUGUCCAUUCAGUGGAGCAGUGAAAGGCAAAGUGUUGAUCACCAACUACAGACUCUACUUCAAGAGCUCAGAAGCUGACGUGGCUGUGAUGCUGGACGUUCCUCUGGGUGCCAUCAGUCGGGUGGAGAAGAUGGGUGGGGCAUCGAGCAGAGGAGAGAACUCCUACGGCCUGGAUAUCAUGUGCAAGGACAUGAGGAAUUUGAGGUUUGCCUUGAAGCAGGAGGGUCACAGCAGAAGAGAUAUCUUCGAGAUCCUCUUCAGAUAUGCCUUCCCCCUCUCACAUGGUCUGCCACUGUUUGCAUAUGUGACUCAGGAGAAGUACGAGGAGAAUGGCUGGAACAUCUACAAACCCAUAGAAGAGUUCAGACGGCAGGGCUUACCUAAUAACAAGUGGCGUAUUACAUUCAUCAAUAAGAACUAUGAGCUGUGUGACACCUACCCCACUAUGUUGGCUGUACCCUUUAAAAGUAAAGAGGAGGACCUCAGAAGAGUGGCUGCCUUCAGGUCAAGAGGACGCAUACCGGUUCUAUCUUGGAUCCACAGGGAGAACCAGGCAGUGAUCGUCCGCUGCAGUCAGCCUCUGGUGGGUAUGUCUGGGAAAAGAAACAAGGACGACGAGCGCUACCUGGACCUGAUCAGAGAGGCAAACGAUACCGCCAAGCUCACCAUCUACGACGCUCGGCCCAACGUCAACGCUGUGGCCAACAAGGCCACAGGAGGAGGCUACGAGGGUGAUGAGUACCAAAACGCAGAGCUCAUCUUCCUGGACAUUCAGAAUAUCCACGUCAUGAGAGAGUCCCUAAAGAAACUCAAAGACAUCGUCUACCCCAAUGUGGAGGAAUCUCAUUGGCUAUCCAGUCUAGAGUCUACACACUGGCUAGAACAUGUUAAGCUGGUGUUGUCAGGAGCCAUCCAAGUAGCAGACAAGGUUUCCAGUGGGAACUCUGUGGUGGUUCACUGCAGUGACGGCUGGGACCGAACGGCUCAGCUCACCUCUCUGGCCAUGCUGAUGCUGGACAGUCACUACCGCACUCUCAGAGGAUUCCAGGUGCUGAUCGAGAAGGAAUGGAUCAGCUUUGGGCACAAGUUUGCCUCAAGGAUAGGUCACGGUGACAAGAACCAUGCAGAUCAGGACAGAUCACCCAUCUUUGUUCAGUUCAUUGACUGUGUAUGGCAGAUGACUAAACAGUUUCCUACAGCCUUUGAGUUUAAUGAGCGUCUGUUGCUGACAAUCCUGGAUCAUCUCUACAGCUGUCGCUUUGGGACUUUCCUGUACAACUGUGAGAGUGCUCGAGACCAGCAUGAGGUGAGGUCAAAGACAGUGUCUCUGUGGUCUCUGGUCAACAGUAAGAUGGAAAUUUAUUUAAACCCCUUCUACACCCCGGAGUCUGGCAGGGUCCUCUACCCUGUCGCCAGCAUGCGCCACCUAGAGCUGUGGGUAACAUACUACAUUCGCUGGAACCCACGCAUACGGCAACAGCAGAGUCCGGUGGAGCAGCGCUACAAGGAGCUGUUGGCCCUCAGAGACGAGUACUUGAAGAAACUGGAGGAGCUGCAGCUAUCUGACUCCUCCCCUUCCUCCCGUCUGGCUAACAAUCCCACUCCCAACACCUCCUCCCCCACCACCUCCACACCAUCACAGCAAUACACACACCUACAAACUCCCCUCUGAGGGCUGGUGACCCCCCCUCCCCCCUCAGAUAUAUUUGUUGACUUGCACUUAUGUCUUCUUCACCGAUUUCAGUCUCACACACGCAGGGAAUUAAUGAGUAUUGUCCAGUCCUAACUGUGGAUAACAAAGAAUCCUAUUAAGAUUUACAUUUGAUGGUUAAUUCUAACACCAUAGUGAUAAUGAUGGUGAUUUAUGCAAUAUGUCACAGUACAGCCUUGUUACAAGACUUUUCUACACACACGCAUCAUACAGUAAAGCCUUAAAGACAUUCAGUGGCUUUCAGUCCAAGGGCUUGAACACACAGGACACGCAGUGGGUGUGUGUAGGCACACAUGUAGGUGUACGUUAUGCUCUGACUUGACAAAAACGUAACAGGAAAACGCGCUGUUGAUGGUUAUGUAUUAAUCAGAUCACAAUAGAACCACAUACAUUACCUAUAGAUUCAGUGAUAGAACAAGAUACCAUACUGCUUGAGCCAGAAGGAUUAGAUUUAUAUUGGGAAUAGUGGCUUGACAAAAUAAUCUUAAAUCAAGGUCCACUUACUCGCAUUUUGUAGUUGAAAGCUGCUGAUAAGCAAAGUAUGUGAACCUGGAGUUAGAAUUAUUUUGCCAAGUGUACUGUGUUGACCAUUAAAGGAACUGACAGCAGAUUCAUCUCCAUGCUUCCGCUAUAAAGACAUUUCCAGAGCAUAGCUUAGCCUGUGCUAGCUUAAAAGUCAUCACAAAUAAAUGUUAAGAUUGAUGAUGAUUUAUUAUCCAUUAUUAUUACUGAACUGCACUUGUCACACUAUGAAAAUGACUCUUGCAUUUUCACACAUCAAGUCAGCUGAAGGUAUAGGAGCUGUUGUUAGAUUGUUUUGUUUUUUUCACUUUUGUCUGUGCUAAGCUAGCAGUUUCCCCUGCUUCCAGACUUUUUGCUAAGCUACACUAACCACAACAUGAACCUACCCACUGAUCUUGGUGUUCUCAUUAACUCGGAUAAGUCAAGACACUGGCGGAAUAGUAACAAUACUUUUCCUUUGAAACACAACACAUUUCACAGUUAGAUGUCAGAACACUGCUAGGUGAGACAGGGUCUGUCUCUGCCUCUCUCCUGCUACACAACCAUUAGUGUCCUGUGUGUAAUCAAGAUGUGGUACAAUUCUCACUUUUCAUGCUUCUUACUACGUGCUGCACUGCUGCUGAGUGUUGCCCUGUCUGUUGAGGAACUGAUUAGAACUGCUGCAGAGUUCAUGCAGCGGAGUUGGAGGCUGGGAUUGUCUACAGUGGAUGUCAGUGUACAUCUCCCGCUAAGUGCAUAUCAAGUGUGACAGAUUUGGACGGAUUGAUGUGGAAUUUGUUGCUUACGACAUGAGGAUAAAAGCUAGAGCUGUCUCUGUCAUGUAUGUUUUGCCAUUGUUAAUAGCUAAGCUCACCUAAGCAGUAUUUUCCAGCACUUCACAGAGCAAAUACAGUUCUAGCCCACAAGCAAGAGUUUGGUUAUUAGAAUUGAUUAGAAAUGAACUUUUAUGAAUGCAGCUUUGAUGAGGUUUGAAAUAUAUUUCAGGUGCUCAAGAUAGUGUAGGGAAAUGAAGUGGUAUUGGCCUCUGAUCCUGGAUCACCUCUUGUACUUUUAUGUUCUCACUAAACACAGACCCUAGAUGGAGAAUCCAGCCCAUUUCCAUGAUGGCCUUACCAUGCCAAGAUGUUUGUAACCAGCAUACAGUGAGCAGAAAUAAACCAGUUAGCGCUCACUUCCCCAUAAAUAAAUUUUUUGUAUAUCUGCUUUUAGAUACUGUCUCCCUCCCUGAUCUCAAAGCACAUGUACCUUUUGGACAGGUGUUGGCUUUAUGUUCAAAUGUUUUUUUCCCACAUUUCAAUUUGAUAACAUAUAGGCCAGUUUUAUAUCAGAAAGGAAAAUUCUAGGCAAGAAUUAAGUGUUUUUUAAUUUUCUAUUUACAUUUGCCAGUGUCCAGAGACGUCGGUACUGAAGCUGGUGCAAAACAUGUAACUAAUAGGAAUGGUGGGGAAAGCUUUAACAAAAAAACAAGAUAAAGCUGUAAAAUUAAGGGAAAUUUUAUAUGAAAACUAACUGUUGACAAAUAAAAUGUAUUUUUCACAUAGGAAAUUCUAUGGAAGAUCAUUUCUGCCAGAAAAAGAAUGAAAAUGAAAUGCUAGGAAUGACAAAAAUAGAAAUAUUCAUGAUAUGUCAAAAUGGCAUCAUGGCUUCAAAUGAUCACAAUCAGAAAAUCAGGUUUGUUGAUGUACAAGGAAUUAUCCUUGGUAUUUUGGUUCAUAACAAUAAACACAACGAGAUAAUAAAAAGUGAAGUGUACAAUUAAAAAAAUAUGAAAGUAGUAUUAAAUGUAUGUACAAUAUGUCUGCUAGUUUUUAGAGCUAUACAGUUUGUGCCAGUGGCCAGGGAGAAAGGGGUCAGCCACAAUCUUUCCUGCUCGCCUCAGGGUUCUGGAGGGGUGGCAGAUUGCAGCCAGUCACCUUCUCAGCAGAGCAGAUAUGCUUCAGCCUGCCCUUGUCCCUGGCACUGGCAGCAGUGUACCAGAUGGUGAUGGAGGAGGUGAGGAUGGACACAAUGAUGGCGUCAGUCAAAGUUGAGAUUUCCUUUUAUAUGUUAGUCGUUUUUUACAUUCACAAUUUAGACUUGACUUAUGUCAUUAUUCAUUUGGACUGAUUAUUUUUAUCAUUUUGCUUGUUCUAAUGGGCUUCCAUAAAAUUCCCUGAUAAGAACACCUGUCCAAGAAGCACAUGCUUUUAUAGUUGUCUCUGGGUUUUGGUGCCGUUGUGGGGCUGGUGUCCACAGAACGGUGUGCAGAGUCAAACUCAGGACAUCACAUGGACAACAGUGUGUGCGCAGAUAAAAGAGGACUGUUGGAAACGGAAUCCGAUUUCUCUAUCAUGACAAUGGAAUUAAAGGACUUAUAUAAUAGCGUGAUAUUAGGAUUUUGCUGCUAACUCAAAAGACUCCCAUUUUGGUUAGUUUGAAAACAGCUGAUACAAACUUGGACAGAAAAAUAAUGAAUGCUGCUAAAAACAUCCAUUUUAAAUGUAUGCACUGUAUCAUUCACUCUGUCGGGAUAGAGACAGGACUGUUACAAUCGCUCUUGAGUUGAAGUUCUCUGCCAUCAUAAUUGCUCAGUUUAAGGAGUAAUGUCUGGUAGUCCUCAGUCUCUUAUUCCAACCUGGGCAGCUUAGCUUGAUUUACUGGAGUACUGUAAGUUUGGGAUUGAAGUGUGGGGCUCUUUGUGUUGCCAGCACAUCAUAAUCAAUCAAGAGAAAUUUAGUAAUAUGCCUAUGCUGACUUGUGUGUUAUUUUGGCAAGGGGGUACAUCACUGAAAACAAAACUAAACCAAUGGAUAACUAUUAAAAGGAACUGGUGGUAGUUUAGCUUUGAGGCCCAAUUUAUUGCGCAUUUCAUAUAGAGCAGGUCUAGACCUCUGUGAAACUCAAAUAAGUAUUAUGUUACAAGACCCCAGAAGUUAAGAAAAUAUGUAACUAGGCAGACCAUUUUAAGGAUGUGCUUCCUAAUAGAGUGGGGAAGUGUGAGGACCUGCUGGUUCCACUGUAAAUACACAGUUGUAAUGACCUAACCUUCAUAAUUGAAUAUUGUGUUCCAGUAGCCCAGCAGUCUUUCUUAAUGGAGACCAUACUGACAGAAGAGUUCCUUUACUUUGGUGAAUUCAUAGAUACAGGAACAUUUUUUUUACAGUCUGGUCAAGGCACAUCAGCCGACCCUUCUCCUGACUAUCGAAACACUCCUGGGACUUGUAGUCUUUUUAUGUCUAAUGUUCACAGGACACAGAUUGGGACACUACUUCUUGGAACCCUUGAAACCCAAAAUAGCUUCUCCCACUAAGCUUUCUGUGGUGAAAGACAUUUGAGUCAAAAAGGCUCAGAAACAGCAGCUCCAACUCCAGUUUUCCCCCAGUGUGUUCAAUGUAUUGGCUUUCCAGAAGGUGGAGUAACAAUGCAUUCAGAUCAUCCAGUGUAUGUACAGUGUGAGCGUUGUGAAGAGGUGCAAUAAGUCAUUUUGCGAAGUGUAUCAGGUCAUGUCCAGAUUUGUGCCUUGAUUCUUGUGAGAACCACUUUCACCUCUUCAGACAUACUCUAAGUGUCCUGGGUCAUGUUUGAGAAUGCCUUGUAUCCUCGGAUUUGGAAAGAUUCCAUGCUGCUCCCUAACCCUACACUGUGUGAAUCAGUAAUAGACCACACAGUAGCAAGAAAAACUUUACGGGCCCUUGUUUUUGGGGAAACCCCACAGCCAGAUAAGAUGGAUUUGAGUUGUCAGUACGUUUAGUACAGAGAUGGCGUAUGCAGUCUAGCUUAGUCCAAAACUGUUUUGUUUAUAAGCAUCUUGUCAGCUAGCAAGCCAGUCACCAGUCCAUCUAAGAGUUGCCAGACUUUUGUCAAACUCCAACUUGCUUUCUUCUUGCUUAACGUGACAUGUAUUUUUAGAAGAAACCAACAAUCUGACAUUCACAUAUUGACAAAAAAGGUAAAAAAGGAGCAAGGGUCUGAACUUCACUUUAGUUCUCUUUUUUUCAUUCUUUACACAAUAAUGUGUGUCACAUCUUCACUCAUGUGAAUAAACAUGAAUGUUUUCCAGGAGAAAAGUCAGUGCUGUCCCCAUAUUUAAACAAUUUCACAUCUCUGACAGUCAGGUUUUUCGCUCCACCUUCCAAUGUCGACUUUCAGAACAACUAUAAACUCUUCUCGAUUAACUAGUUUUGAGUGUAACCCGACCUUUAAUAUAAUUCCAAGGAUUGGAGAGCAGAUGCUGCUAAAUCGUUUAAUGAACUUACAAGAAAGAAUAGGACUUGGUCUACCUGCAAAGAUGUCAGUCUCAAACAUGACUCUGUUCCAUGUCUGGAUGGGUCAGAGUGGGCAGAUUAGAGUGCAGCCUGAUUCCUAUGUUCACGGAGAAGAGAAUUAACACAGGUUCUACCAAAUUGAUACUCUUGACAGGUAUUUGACAUCCUUGAUGAAAGGUUUGAUCUCAUUGAGGAGGUUUGUGGAUCAAACAAGCAGAGAGGUGACCGCAUCAGUAAAGUGCACGUCGGUCAGGUGGUUAUGUUUUUAGGGAAAAACAGAUGAAAAUCUAUUUUUUUUACUUUGUACAAGCACCAUGAUGUAAUUACCUCAGUCAAAACCUAUUUUACUGCCUAAAGUUCUAUUGUUGUAAAAUACAAAUAUUUUAUGUAGUGUAAAAUCUUACCGUUUUAUAAAAAGGAAAGUAAUAUUGGUUCAGAAAUUGUUGGUAUAAAUUGUGGAUUUCUGCUCCAUUGGUAAAAAUUGUAUUUUUGAGGGCAUUUUCUUUGGUUUGUAUUUGUUUACCCAGGAUGAAAAGACAGAAGCUUCUAGAUACUGUUCACUUGUCACAAACCUUGACAUCUUCCUCUAAGUUCUCUGAUGGAUCUUCAGUUUUUAGAUGUUGGCUCUGUGAUGAUGCAUCUGAGAAGUACUCUGUCAUUGUUCAUUUCAGUUUGAGUCUUUGAUGUAGGGGAAUAUGGUUUGAGGGGUUUUAUGUCCUAAUAUAGCCUGCUUUUAAUGAAUACACAUGAAAUGUGUUUCAGGAUCUUUUUGACAUUAACAAGGGAAAGUAAAAAUAAUAUACACUUCAAAUAUAUUUCUUUUAAUCAUGAUAUAUCCUCUCCACCGUUUGUUGGAUGGCUCCUGUUAUGUAAAUAUUACUGAUUAAAUUAAUUUAAAGAUUUCUGACUCUG